AAUACAGCAGUUUAUUUUAAAGAGGGGUGCAAGAGCAGAAACAGCUUUUUUCGGCUUGUCUGACUGAAGUUUGGGGUCUGGGGUUGCUUUGACCUCAGACUUUUGAACGACUUUUUUUUUUUACUUUGUAGUCUUUGCUUUAAUGAAAUUUAUUUUUUUAAUAUGCAUACCGUGUGUACGCAGUCAGCACCAACAGCUAAACAAAUAGUAGGGGACAAGGAUAAGGCAGUUAUGCAAUGUUUGAAUUCCUUUUAAGUGAUAAAAAUAAUAAUCACACAUCUGCACACGUUUCCAUGGUGAGAACACACAUACAGUACAUACUGACCAGGAACUUCCCAGGUAUCCUCAUUGAACCUCUUUCUCGUAAUAUUAUAAAUAUGCGUUUUACUGUACAUGAAUAUUGUAAAGGUGGUAUAAAAUAGAAAGUCUUUUCUUUGAAUUCUUCUUUAGUCAACGAGUCUACCGAUGUGACAAUGGUCAAACGUUGCAACAAACAACAAUUGUAGAAACACAAAUUGGUAUUGACGAAACCAUUAACGACAACAAAUAUUCGGAAUGACUGUGAGCUCAAAACCAGUGGGCGAUGAAUAGGCCGCAUGCACAGACAGAUGCACACACACGCACCAGACAGGCCCCUCACCUCUCUAUAGAGCUCUCAGUUAUGCUAUUUCCCACAAUAACAUCUCGUGGCAGUGUCCACUCAGGCGGCUGACUGAAGCGAGGCUGAACACCUCUUCGAAUUUCAGGAUAAUCAGCACCGGGAAACAAGUGCGACAUGUGGUGGCUUCUGAUUCUUCUAGGCAUCACCAGUAGGUGUUGGGGAGCCAUCCAGAGACCGGACUACGACGACACGGACUCCCCGGAGUUCCUCAACCCAUCCUGGAUGGCGAGCAUCCCUGAUGAGCGGCCCCUGUCCGAGCUCACCAUGCCUGGCUCCCACAACACCAUGGCUCUGUACGGUGGCGUCUAUGCCGAAUGUCAGACGUGGAGCCUGGAGUUGCAGUUACGCGCCGGUGUCCGCUUCUUGGACGUGCGCGUCCGCCACGUGGAGGGCAACCUCACCAUCCACCACGGAGUGGUGUACCAGCACGCCCACUUCGGCGAUGUACUGAAAGAUGUGAGAGACUUCCUAGCAAGUUACCCUAGUGAGACUGUGUUGAUGCGUGUCAAAGAGGAGUUCAGCGAGACCAACAACAUCUACGGCGCUGUGGUAGAGCACGUGCGGCGUUACGCCCACUGGGAGAUGCUGUGGCACAGUCGUUUGGUGCCCAGCAUGGGCCAGGCGCGAGGUAAGCUCAUCAUCUUGCAGGACUUCUCUGGGCCAGACUUAGGGAUGCGCUACGCCUCCAUGGACAUCGCUGAUCACUGGAAGGUUCCCACGCUUCAGUACUUGGAGGAGAAGUGGCGGAGCGUCUAUGAGCACCUGGAGGCGGCACCUGAGGGGAACAAGGAACGGAUGUUCCUCACCUACAGCAGCGGGGCUGGCAUCUUUGCCUUCCCAAAUACCGUGGCGCAACAAAUCAAUCCUCAGUUGUACGAGUACUUAAAGGCAAAAACUGACCCGAACCAACGCUUUGGGAUCAUUUGCAUGGACUUCCCUGCUGCUCCAUUGAUCCAGACCAUCAUUUCCUUCCAACUAAAAGUGGCAGUGAGCAAACCCACUUUUGAACCAGUUCUUCGUGCAAUUCUAAACACACAUUAAACCUGAUUGAAGCUGGAUAGAGAAAAUAUUUUUCUUUUCUUGUUUUAAUCAACAGUUAGGGCUUUAAAUAUCUUGAUCCCCAAAUUUGAGUGAUAGUUGUAGAGAUGACUGGAAAAGAUUAGUUAUUAGUUUUAAGAUAAUCUCACUUAGCUCAUCAAUUCUCAAUACAAACAACAUUAACAUUCAGAGGUGUAUUUGUGUUUUCAAGUCAAUAAAGCCCAACACAAAUCUA